GGGGGCCACCCUACGACCGUGUCACGUGGAGGAGCUGGGGGUCGCCGGAAACAUCGUGCGCCACAUCGCGGACCGCGUCCAGCCCACGAGCAACCUGAGCCCCUGUACUCCAUCCCUUCUCCCGUGGACACCUGCGGGGACCCGGGCGCACGCGCCCGGACCACGGAGCCCUCGGCGGCAGGGCAGUGUCCCAAAUGGACCCUCAUCUUCGACCUGUCGGCUGUGGACCCCGCCGAGCUCCCGAGCCGAGCCCGUCUGGAGCUGCGCUUCGCAGCGGAGGAAGCGGCUGCGGCGGAGACAGCAGGCGGCUGGGAGCUGAGCGUGGCGCAGGCGGCAGAGGAGGUGGGCGCAGGCCCCGUGCUGCUCCGCCAGGCAGUGGUCUCCCUGGGGACACCGGUGCGCGCUGAGCUGCUGGGCGCCACCUGGGCCCACAACGCCUCAGUACCACGCAGCCUCCGCCUGGUGCUGGCGCUACGCCCCCGGGACACGGGCACCUGCGGGCGCUUGGCUGAGGCCUCACUGUUGUUGGUGACCCUUGACCCGCGCCUGUGCCACCCCUUCGCCCGGCCGCGGCGCGAGGCCGAGCCCUCAGUGGGUGGCGGCCACGGGGGCUCCUGUCGCGCCCGGCGGCUCUACGUCAGCUUCCGCGAGGUGGGCUGGCAUCGCUGGGUCAUUGCGCCGCGCGGUUUCCUGGCCAACUACUGCCAGGGCCAGUGCUCGCUGCCCGCCACGCUGCCCGGGCCCGGGGGGCCGCCCGCGCUCAACCACGCCGUGCUGCGCGCGCUCAUGCCCUCGGCAGCCCCGGGUCCUGCCGGCCUGCCCUGCUGUGUUCCCGCGCGCCUGUCACCCAUCUCCGUGCUCUUCUUCGACAACAGCGACAACGUGGUCCUGCGGCACUACGAGGACAUGGUGGUGGAUGAGUGCGGCUGCCGCUGACAGACGUGCAGGAGCGGGGACACAAUAAACACUGGGUGGUUUGAGCUGCUGUCUUUGGGUCUUGUCACCUGGGGCUGGGGGAGUACUGACAUCCAUCAGGCUGGUGGGGGAAGGGCGGUCUGGAGCCACCGGCCCUCUUAGAAGGCUGUAUACAGGCGGCUCUACAUCUAAGGGGACCCUGGGAGUCGCCACCGCCCCCCCCCCCCCCCCCCACACACACACACUUUCCAGUCUGCUGACCCAGCCCUUCUCAGCUUUGCCCUUCAGACUGCAGGACCCCAGACCUAAGUGCUCUCCCACCCCCUGUAGCUUAUCCAGCUCUGUGACACAUCCAAGAGUUGUUUUUAACAUUUUAUUGGUGACAAAAGAGCUUAAAACAAAUUGACCAAAAAUCAGAAGUGACAUUGCCUUGGUACAGAUGCUCCUUGAUUUGGAAAACUCAGAGUAAUUGCUGCUAGAAGGUGAAUAAAAGCCAACAGCACAGAG